AUGACAGGGCAGACUGCCCAGACCGAGGCUCAGGAGGAACCAGUGCCACCCGAGCAGUUACAGCAGACCCGACUGCAAAACAGAGAUAUGCAGGGCCUACCUCUUGAGGCUAAGCAUCUAAGGGAUUUCAGAAAGUUUGACCCCUGCUCUUUUGAUGGGUCGUUGGGGGACCCCACUAAAUCAAAGAUGUGGUUGUCAUCUAUCGAGACGAUUUUCUGUUUUAUGAGGUGCCCAGAGGAGCAUAAGCUUCAAUGCACAGUUUUCAUAUUGACUGGUAAUGCAGAAAUCUGGUGGCAUUCAGCAGAGAAAAUGAUUGAUACUGGUGGUGAACUUGUAACCUGGGAGCAGUUCAAGGAGCGCUUUUAUGAGAAGUACUUUUCGGCCAACACCCGAUACAACAAGCAGGCAGAAUUCUUGAACUUGAGGCAGAGAGUUAUGUCAGUGGAAGAGUAUGAGCAAGAAUUUGAUAAGCUAUCCCACUUUGCUCCUGAACUAGUAGCCACCGAGGCAGCGACGACAUAG